GAACAAAUCUUACUUCGAACCUUGACUCUGCCAUGGCGCGGGUGGGCCGCGUGGCGCGUGCGCUGACGCUGGGGUUCGCAGUUGCGCUGGCGCUGCAUCGUGCGUUCGCCAGGAGUCCUGGAGGCCGCCUGCGACUGCAGGCAGUCCGCAACGUGCCGAAGUCCUUCUUCGACGCGGAGACUUUGGAGCAGCGGGAGAUGCCAUCCACCUUGUCCGACUCCGCGCGCAAGGCCAUCGAGGCCACGGAGGUGGACCAAAACCCCCGGCUGGCGGUGCGGGAGAUCUACUGCGCCAGGUCCACUGUGCACGGCUGGGGCCUCUUCGCCGGCCGGGACUUCCAGAAGGGCGAGCUUCUGCACGAGAGCCCCGGGAGGCUGAUCGAGGGCCAGCCGUCGUGCAUCACGGACGACGUCUUCGCCACCUCGGAGAUCUUGUGGGAGGAUGAGGCCAAGAACUACUCGAUCUUGGGCCUGGGCUUUGCAUCCUUGCACAACCACGCGGAGGAUCCCAACACGGACUUCGCCUGGGAGCAACGCCGAGAGCACGGCCGCCGCCUCGUGGGCCGCUUCUGGACUCUGAGGCAGGUGCGAAAGGACGAGGAGCUGUUCAUCUCCUACGGGCCGCAGUGGUUUACCUCGAGGAACCUCACCGCCAAGGCCGCCUAGAUUCGCCGGAUUCGCCGGCGGAUUCGCCGGCGGAUUCGCCAGCGGAUUCCAAGUCUGGGCGAGUUCAUGUAGCCAUUUGUUAGUUUGUUAGUUUCCAGAUACUAUCCGCGAGGCUUCCAGUUACCGUUUAGCCUUGCCAUUCAGUGUGUCCAUUUAGCUUUCAAUUGGUGGUUGCCGCUUUUCGCGGUGCGGGUUUCUUUCGGUUUAGGCGGAGCGGAUCGAAAACCGAUCCAGCCGGGCAUAUGUGAUGCGGAAAAUCGCCCAGCGGUGUGCGGAAA